AUGUCUCAUAAACAGUUCAUAAUUUUUGCUAUUACUCUAGCUUUCUUGACAACUUUUACCUAUUCCACACCAUAUGAGACAAUCGAAGAUGAUAUAUUUGAACAGGAUAUUAAUUUCUUUUGUAAAAAUGGAACAAACUUGAGUUGUUGUCCUCACCUAGCGAACAGAAUCGCUCAUAAACAUUAUUCUCGAUGUGCGUCAAUUAUUCUCAUCAAUAAUAGUGGCUAUAAUAUGACACUGGAUGUUGUAAAUCUUGAAGAUGGUCGUUGGGUCACUUCAGAUGAUUAUGGCGAUGAUGUUAUCGACAUAAACUGCAAACCACGCACACUUUCAAAUUAUGAAUCUGAGGCUAUUUCUAGUGUUACAAAUCGUCUUCUUGGCGGAGUGAUAGGUUAUGUUAGUUAUACCAUUGAUGAUGAUAUGUCAAGCAAAUUUAUAAUCUCUUGGGAAGUUUCUGCAAUUGGUCAACCUAGAUAUUACUUUAGUUUCCUUGAUAAAUCGUAUACACAUGAGUAUAAUGUUAGGUUCGAACAAAGCUUUGGAGAUACGGUGUAUCAAGUUAAAAUUGACAAGAAAAUACCAUUGAUGCCUUUUUUCAUAUCAAUAUUCCUUUUCAUAUUAUUUUUCCCUAUAACAUUCUGUUGUUGUUUGGUGUUCGGUCAAGUUUCUAGAUCAAUCGGACAACAAGAUAGACAAUCUUAUGAGUCUCUCUUACAUCGGGAACGACAAAGACAACCAAAGCGACAAUCAUAUAAUAAUCAAUAUGGACAACAAAGACAAUAUUCUUACAAUAAUUUAAAUAAUAAUCAAUAUGGACAACAAGGACAAUCUUCUUACAAUAAUUUCAAUAGAAAUGAUCCCCCACCACCUUAUGAUCAAAUUUUCUCUAGAAACUAG